AACCAUAUUAAUUCAAUCAUUAUAAAAUAAAUUAUACUAGGAGAAUUAUCACAAAAUUAAUAUAAAAAAUACUCCUAUUAUUUUAUGCUGAGAUAUAAAAUAUAGGAGUAUAUAUUUUGCUAAUUGCGUCUGAUAAAAAAUGUUUCAAGAACAACCCCAACGUACUAAUAUCGGUUUCAAUAAAAUGCCUGAACAUGUAAAACUGAUUCACAAGUCUCGGCGGCUGUUUUCAUGGCGUCAAUCGAGGAUGAACACUUCAAAUUUCGGAUGUCGGAAGAAACUUGAAAACGUUGAAAAGAAGAAGAAGAAUAGGAAGAGAUCUUUGGAAACUUGUGCAAAUGCAAGUUUCGAAGCUCACAAUUUUGCUGGACAAGUUUCUGACGACGAAUCAAGCGAAGCAAAUCCAGUGCCAGAUUAUCGUCACCAAUUCCAACCAUCUCGAGCCGCUGCUAAUCCGCCAAACCCUAAAAUCCCCCGCGCAUUACUCGCCGAGCACCGCCGCAUAUGUCAAGUCAAUCCUCCGCCGCAUGCGGCGUCCGGACGCUUUAACGGCGUCCUUUACAAUCCGUUAUCUUUCUCAGCACGGCCGUUUCCAAGAAGCUCUCACUCUAUUCGCACAAAUGCAAGGAAUCGGGAUUCUUCCCAACACAUUUUCCGUAUCGUCCGCCCUCAAAUCAUGUGCAAGGAUUCCUUGUGGAUCGGGGGGACUAAUGAUCCAUUGUCAAGCGGAGAAGCUCGGAUUCAGCAAGGUUGUUUUCGUCCAAACCGCACUUGUCGAUUUCUACUCGAAAUUGGGAGGAAUGGACAUUGCACGCAAGGUGUUCGACGAAAUUCGUGAGAAGAAUGUGGUCACAUGGAACUCGAUGCUCGCAGGGUACGUCAGGCAUGGCGACCUGGCAAUGGCGCAGGGUGUGUUCGACGAAAUGCCUGAGAGAGAUGUAAUCUCUUGGAACUCGAUGGUGACGGGGUACGCAAGAGCUAACGACAUGGAACAGGCCUACGAAUUGUUCCGAAGAAUGCCGGAGAGGAAUUCGGCGUCAUGGAAUGCGAUGAUCGUCGGCUAUGUCGAGUGCGGGAGGAUUGAAUUCGCACGAAGCUUUUUCGACGCCAUGCCAGAGAGGAACACGGUUUCAUACAUCACGAUGAUAUCGGCGUACUCGAAAUACAGCGGCGUCGAUGCCGCAAAAGAGCUCUUCGACGGAAUAGUAGAGAAGGAUUUAUUUCUUUACAACGCCAUGAUCGCCUGCUUCGCGCAGAAUAACCGAGCCAAGGAAGCGUUGGAGCUGUUCGUCGACAUUGCAAAGGGGAAAGCGGCAAAGUUACAUCCCGACAAAAUGACGCUGGCCAGCGCAAUCUCGGCAUGCUCGCAGUUAGGAGACUCGCAAUCGGGGGCGUGGAUCGAAUCAUACAUAACAGAAUCGGGUAUUCGAAUGGACGAUCAUCUAGCAACGUCUUUCAUUGACUUGUACGCAAAGUGCGGGAGCAUCGACAAAGCGUACGAGCUGUUCAACACCUUGGAGAAAAAGGAUUUAGUCGCGUACACGGCGAUGAUUCUUGGAUUCAGCACGAACGGUAGGGCAUACGAAGCGAUCAAGUUAUUCGAGGAGAUGAUUGGCGCGGGGAUAAUCCCAAAUGCCGUUACGUUCACCGGAAUUCUGAGCGCUUACAGUCACGCCGGCAUGGUCGAAGAAGGCUACAGUUGCUUUAAGUCGAUGGAGAGCCACGACAUCAUCCCGUCUCGGGAUCAUUACGCAAUCGUGGUCGAUCUUUUGGGUAGAGCAGGACGGUUGGAGGAGGCGCACGAGGUGAUCAAGAGCAUGCCGAUGCAGCCUCAUGCCGGAGUUUGGGGCGCGUUGCUUCUCGCAUGCAACUUGCACAGCAAUGUCGAGCUUGCCGAGAUUGCGGCUGAACAUUGUUUCGAGCUCGAGCCCGAGAGCAGCGGCUAUCAUGCUCUUCUCGCGAAUAUUUACGCGGCUGCCGGGCGAUGGGACGAUGCUAAAAGAAUGAGGAUGCUUGUCGAAGAGAAGGGCCUUGUUAAGAUCCCGGGAUCUAGUUGGAUGACAUCUUAGAAAUGCUGAAUCGAUCGCUACAAUUAGCGCUCGAUUUACCGUUUAAGGAUCCUCGGUUCGGAUUUUUCCCGGCAUCUUCGACGUGAAUCAUUUUUGCCUUUGAUUUUUGAAAAUACAAAUGAUGGGAGCACUGCGUGUCGGGGAAGUCUCGUUUCUUUUUAUUUUUCGAUAUUUUAUUGUUUUUAAAAUAUUUUAAAAUAUAUGCUCUUCCGGUAUCUAAUUGUAAUUGUAUUUUAUUUGAUGGUACACAAGUUUAAAAAAAAUAGAAACUUUUAAAGUAAAGAAAAGUUAACA